AUGGCGGAGAUGGUCAUCAGGGCAGUCAAAGGCAGGGUUACCACGGAAGUGAUGGUCAGCAGAGUCAGCAAAGUCACAAUUAUACAGCUGUACAGCAGAGCCAACAGGGUCACCACGGAGGUGCUGGCCAACAGAGCCAACAAGGUCACCAUGGAGGUGCUGGCCUGCAGAGCCAACAGGAUCACCAUGGAGGUGCUUGCCAGCAGAACCAGUAUGAUCAACAUGGAAGUACAGGUCAACAGAGCCAAUCAGGCCAUCAUAUUGGUGCUGGACAGCAGAACCAACAAGGCAACCAUGGAGGUUCUGGUCAACAGAGCCAACAAGGUCAUGAUGGUGGUGCUGGAAAGCAAAGCCAACAGAGUCACCAUGGAGGUUCUAGCCAGCAGAGCCAAUCAGGACACCAUGGGGGCUCUGGCCAGCAGAGCAUAUCAGAACACUAUGGAGGUGCUGGCCAGCAUAGCCAACAAGGUCACCAUGGAAGUGCUGGUCAGCAGGCUCAAUCAGGUCACCAAGGAGGUGAUGGCCAACAGAGUCAUCAAGGUCACCAUAGAGGUGCUGGGAAUCAGAGCCAACAAGGUCAUGAUGGUGGUGCUGGAAAGCAAAUCCAUCAGAGUCACCAAGGAGGUGCUGGCCAACAGAGUCAAUCAGGACACCAUGGGGGUUCUGACCAGCAGAGCAUAUCAGGUAAUAGUGGAGAUGCUGGAAAACAGAGUCAUCAAGGUCACCAUGGAGGUGCUGGCAAAGAGAGCCAACAAGGUCAUGAUGGUGGUGCUGGAAAGCAAAGCCAUCAGAGUCACCAAGGAGGUGCUGGCCAGCAGAGUCAAUCAGGACACCAUGGGGGUUCUGACCAGCAGAACAUAUCAGGUCAUAGUGGAGAUGCUGGUCAACAGAGCCAAUUAG